AGGGCAGGGCAGCUUGCCCUAGCCGCCACCCCUGAGGCGGGCUUGUCUGUGGCAUGGGGGCGGGCCCUGCGGCGCCGGGUUGUACACGAAACCUGCCGGAACCGGGGGCUGAGUGGCGGGAAGGCCCCAGCUGCACACGCUGGGCAGAGGGCCCCAGGCACCGGCGGCCAUGAGACCGCAGCCUAGGGGCCAUGCGGUAGGGGAGGCUGUGGCGUUCCUCCUGCUGCUGCUGGGUGUUGGGGUGUGCGGAGGCACUGCUGGCUCCACGUGUGACUGCACCCCAGACUUCCACAGGAGGAACAGCCCGCUCUGCUGCCAGGGCUGUCCAGCAGGGUACUAUCUGAAGGCCCCCUGCACAGAGCCUUGUGGCAACUCAACCUGCCUGCCCUGCCCUCUGGGCACCUUCUUGGCACGAGAGAACUACAGGACUCAGUGUACCCGCUGCCAGGCCUGUGACGAGCAAGCCUCCCAGGUAGCCCUGAAGAACUGCUCAGCGGUGGCAGACACCCACUGCGGCUGUGAGCCGGGCUGGUUUCCAGAGUGUCUCUUCGUCCACUGUGGGGACAGUUCACCCUUCAAAUGCAGCCCCUGCUCGGACUGUGGCGCCCUGCACCGCCACACACGAUUGCACUGUUCCAACACAGAUGCAGUCUGUGGUACUUGCCUGCCUGGGUUCUAUGAACGUGGUGAUGACUGCGUGUCCUGCCCCACGAGCACUCUGGGCAGCUGUCCCGAGCCAUGCAUUGCUGUCUGUGGCUGGAGGCAAAUGUUUUGGGUUCAGGUGCUCCUGGCUGGCCUGGGGAUUCCACUCCUGCUUGGGGCCACCCUGACCUACACAUCGCAGCGCUGCCGGCCUCGCAAGCGCAUGGCCCGUGGUGGAGCUGAGACCGAGGCCCUGACCCCACCACAGGCUGCCCACCACCUCUCACCCUCACCAAGUGCCCACAACCUUCUGGUGUCUGCUGGUGGUGGCGGGGCAGUCUGCACCGUCCAGUUGGUGGGCAACAGCUCCCCACAGUCCCAGGAGGGCCCCCACUCACAGGUGGCAUGGCCCUGGGACCAGCUGCCCAACCGAGCUCUAGACCCUGCUCUGGAGCCCCCGCCCUUCCUAGCGCCUGCUGCAGGCUCGCCCGCCGCCGUGCUCCAGCCGGGGCCACAGCUCUACGACGUGAUGGACGCGGUCCCUGCGCGGCGCUGGAAGGAGUUCGUGCGCACGUUGGGGCUGCGCGAGGCGGAGAUCGAGGCGGUGGAGGUGGAGAUCAGCCGCUUCCGCGACCAGCAGUACGAGAUGCUGAAGCGCUGGCGCCAGCAGCAGCCCGCGGGCCUGGGCGCCGUCUAUGCGGCCCUGGAGCGCAUGGGGCUGGACGGCUGUGCCGAGGACCUGCGCAGCCGCCUGCAGCGUGGUGCGUGACGUGUGGUGCGGGGGCCGCCUUGGCGCUCUGGCGGUCCCUGCAGAAGCCCUAAGUAUGGUUACUUAUUCAUGUAGACAUUUUAUGUCACUUAGUAAGCCCCCGCCUGGCACUGCGUAGCAAGCGCCUGCCGGCCUAGCACUGUUUGUCCUAGGGCUCCGCUUAGAGCGCAGGCAGGCAAGGGUGCGUGCGGGGUGUUGCGUUUUCCCAC